AUGUUCGACCGGCUUCUAGUUCUCCACGAAGGAAAACCUGCAUAUCUUGGAGAACUUGGACAGCAUUCGCGAACCUUGAUUGAUUACUUCCAACGUCAUGGAUCUCGAGAAUGUGGAGUUGACGAAAAUCCCGCGACAAGUAUUCAAGGAGUCCAGAACCAAAUCUUCUCCACCUUCCUCCUUCUCACCCUUCACGGAAAUCUCGUACAAAUAACCCUAUCCCAUUUCAUGGAUAGUCGCACCCUCUACGAGGCACGCGAACGCUCCUCGCGAACAUACUCCUGGAUCGUAUUCGUCCUAUCAAAUAUGAUCGCCGAGCUCCCCGGUAUAUUUUUCCUCGCUGCCAUCCAGUUUGUAACGUGGUACUAUCCAAUUAAGAUAUGCAGGUAUACUCUUACGACUAGAUCUCUAAGCUCGAGGGGAACAUUAAUGUCUCUAAUCCACGUGUCAUUCUUCCUCUUCUCCUCACCCUUUUCACAAAUGCUGGGGACCAUGAUGCCCGAUCCCGCCACCGGCGUUAAUAUCUCUGCACUUCUCUACACCUCAUCUCUGAUCUUUUGCAGACAAAACCCCCAAACCAGAAUCCUAGCACCAAUCACCUCGCUCCCCAAAUUCAGGACGUUCGUGUACCGCAGCACCCCCGUCACCUACCUCGCUUCCUCCCUCCUCUCCACCGGUAUCUCAGGAGUAAACAUCACCUGCGCCUCCCACGAGCUCCUCCACAUCGUCCCUCCUCCCCUCUCACCUGCGCCCCAUAUCUCUCAUCCUAUCUACAGACCUCCGCCGCCCAUCUACUCACCCCAGGAAGUUUCACAACCUGCGAUAUUUGUCCGCGUAGGCGUGUUUUACGCGCAUCGCGGGAGAGAUCUGGCGAUUUCGUGGGUGUAUAGUGGUGUGAAUGUUGGGGGCGCGUUGGGGCUUUAUUGGAUGGCGAGGGUACCGAGGAAGGUGGGGGUGGAGAGGAAGAUGGAGAGGAAGAUGCAGAGGAAGAGGUAA